UGCUCCAGCUAGUACAGCAAUUAAUAAUUCGCAUCGAUUCCCACCACCUAUGUUCUUUUCCUACAUAAAUUGCGCAUUGCGUUACACCAUGAUUUUUGUGAGUGUCAUCAGUCACGUGCUCUCUAUUCUUAGUAACAGCGUAAUAUUUAGGAUUGAUUGAUCCUUAUUACCCGUCGCAAUGAUCCGCGCUGAACGGUUUCGCUGUAACUGCUUUGUUGAGAUUCCAGUUCAUUAAACGGUCUUGUGUAAAUUAACUUUGAUUCGUAUAACAAUUUUAAAGCAAAAUAUGAAUUUAUCAUAUUCAAUUACGAAGUCAAGUCUACUUAGUAUUUGAAUAAUUCAAAUGUAUUAGUAACCAACGUGAAAACUACUUUUUACAUGCGCAUUAAUAUCUAUACUCGCCAUCUUUGUUGUUGACAAACUGACUUUCCAGACGCAAACAUUAAGUAUUCGUAACGAUUUAAUAUACAAUAUCAGACCUCAAAAUGAAGUGGCAAUACAAAGAGGAGCACCCUUUUGAGAAAAGACGUGCCGAGGGAGAAAAAAUUCGCAAAAAGUACCCAGACAGAGUUCCAGUGAGUAAUAUGUCGAGGGAAACAAAUUAAACAAACGGACUUUUAAUGUUUUGAUACAACUACAACACUAGCAAUGUUAAGUUGAUCUAGCUAUUUUUUUAAAGGCACACUGCCAAGUCCAACACAUUAACAAUCACUGUUAAUAUGAAAUUAACCAGUUUAGUCAACUGUUAAGGUAUAUUUAUAAUAUUUAGGCAAUCAAUUUUAACCCUUUGUCUUUGUAUACAUUGAUUGCCUCAUUACUCAUUAGUUUAGAGUUUCAGUGCCAAGAUGUUCUACCUCACUUAUUUUUUAACUUAAGUUUAAGACAGGACAGCUUUUCACAAUCACAAGUCACAAGAUUACAAUCAUUUUGCAAAAAGAUAAAAAAGAAAGUUAUUAGUCUAGGAUAUUUUACUUAACUUAAAAUAUAUUUCAUGAAACUAAGUUUAAUAUUAUUGAAGGAAAUGGAAUUAACUAAUGAAGUCUUUAACUUAAAGAAAUAAUUGAAAUAUCACUGAAUAUCAGCAUUUAUAUAAAUAAAUGAACUAUCCUGAUUUGCAUAAUUUAUUUAUGAACUUUAAAUAAAAAAAUUAUGAGGUAUGCACUUUUUUUUAACACCUAGAAUAGGACUUACUUGCAGGGUGAUAUCAUUUAUUGAUGGUCUCUAGGGGCAUCAUGGUAAUCUCACAUCUUGGCGCAAUAAAUUUAAUUUUAAUGCAAAUGGAUUAGCCUUUUUUGUUUGUUUCAUAGUUUACUUUUUUUAUUAAAAGUUUAAAAUGAAUAAAAGUUUAAUUAUGUUGGCUUACAACUAAAAAGUUAACAGAAUUUAGCUAACAAAUUACAUUGAAAUGUUGUUUAGGUAAUUGUGGAAAAGGCACCUAAAGCAAGAGUUGGCGAUCUGGAUAAAAAGAAGUACUUAGUACCAUCAGAUUUGACAGUUGGUCAGUUUUACUUUCUGAUCCGAAAAAGAAUCCACCUGAGACCAGAAGAUGCUCUUUUCUUCUUUGUCAAUAAUGUAAUUCCUCCGACAAGUGCAACCAUGGGUGCUUUGUACCAGGUAAUGACCAGUGUGUAGCAAAAUGAAUUAUUUUAGUUCAAAAAUUUUAGAUAAUUUGCAACAGCAUAUCCAGGUAGUAGGGAAAAAAAAAUCCAGGUGCUAUUUUAAACCCAACAAUAUCAUGUUCUACAUAAUUCAGUCUAGUUGGUAGUUCCAAUAAUGUUGAAUUUGUUUUGUUUUUACAGGAGCAUCAUGAGGAGGAUUUUUUCUUAUAUAUUGCUUACAGUGAUGAAAGUGUUUAUGGUGCAUAAAGCCUAUGGAUGUUGCAGGCUUUCCUUUACCUUCACUACCAUAAGUGGCACAUUCUGAUUAAGAGACAAUAUGUUAAAUAUCAAUCAUGUACAACAUUAAAUGUGGAUUUAAAAAGAAAAGAACAUGACUGUAUAUAUUUUGGUGCAUCCAUUGGAGUCUUUUCUAUUCAGCAAGCAUAGAGAAUUUUAGGUGUCAUUUUAAGAUUUCUAAAUUCCUUUAACAACUUUUUUAAAGCUAACCUUUUCAAACUUUUUUCUCUAACAUCAAAUAUAGCUGUUCACUCCGUUAAAAGUUAAGAUCUAACAGUAGUUGUAGCAGUAGAAAAAAAUAAAACAUUGUUUUACUUCUUUCUGUAGGUUUAACAUUAGUACUGCUGGAGUCUGUCUGAUUUUAUUAAAUAUUUUGUAUUUUCUCUUUAUAUUGUUCUGUCAAUGGUCAAUAGUUUCAUUACACUAAGCCAACAUUGAAAAAUUAUUAUCAAUACCAAUUUCAGAAAGCAUUCAUUACCAAUAGCCAUGUGUAAUAAACAAAAGCUUCUGAGAUGUUUUUCAUACUCAAUUAUUCCUAUCUGAACAUGUUAACUCUUAAUUCUUCUUUACAAUAAAUCUGCACAUAGAAAAAUGUACCACUUUGUUAUGUAAUUGACUCAAAGUGCAGUAACACUUUUUCAUUUAUGUUUUAAUGCUGUCAAGAAAAUACAGUUAUCCUUCCUGGACCCAUUUUGCAAACAAUGUGUUUAAUUAUUUUUGUUUGGGGUAACUUUAAACUGGGAAGCCAUCGCACUCACUUGUGCAAUUGUUCCAAAAGGCUGUUGUCUUUCAUGAUGCUUAAGUUUUGAACUAAUAGUUUUGGGUCAGAAAUCAAACAUCAUCCUAAACAUGGGAAAGUUAAUUCAGAAAGAUUUAUUUUUCUGAUAACAAAUUUUGAUACCGGUAUUAAAUUUUUAGUUUUUUUUUCUUAGUGGCUUUUUGUGUGUGCAUAAAUUGUAUGUGGGUGCAGGAAUAAAAAAAAAGGUUUUAAAUUUAACAUGGAUUCAUUGCUGUUUUCAGAGUUGCACAUAUAGCACUGUGUAAGUUAUACAGUCAGAUGAAUAAACUUAACAUGCAGUGAAUGCAGCUUUUUAAUGUGUUCUUAACUUAACAUACUGUGGAUGUUGUCUUUCAAAUGUGUUGGAUCAAUUUACUAAGUGUUCUUGAAGUUAAAAUACUCUUUAAUAGGUUAACUUAACUAUUCAAUUUUAGUUUUGAAAAUUUUGAAGUGCCCUG